CUGGGAGGAAGAGGAUGGUAGCUCUGGGGCGGCCGCUCUGACCCAGUCCCAUUCCCUCCGGGGCCGACAUGGAGCAAGGUCAGAGGGCCCCUGGCAGAGCCAGGCAGAGGAAGAGAGAGGGGCGAAGGCAGGAGGAAGAGGAGGAGACUCAGGGGCUGGACGGGAACAUCAAGCAACUGGACAGUGUCACCAGCCUCAUCCAAUGGAGGAGACACAUGGAGGUGGUGAAGUUGGAGCUGCUGGAGCAGGUGCAGGCGCAGCUCGGAGACCUGCUGGACAAGGCCGUGGAGGAGGCUGCGGGGUCCUACCCGCAGCCCCACAGGAAGGCCCGGCUGGAGAGAGAGGAUAGGGGGAGAGGCUCCCUGCUGGAGAAGCGGAAGGUGUUCGUCGACCGGCAGUCGCUGCUCGACGAGCUGCUGGAGGUGGAGCACUUCCGAACCAUCUACCACAUAUUCAUCGCCAUGCUCUGUGUCUUCAUCGUCAGCACCGUGGCGGUGGACUUCAUCGACCAAGGGAGCUUAGUCCUGGACUUUGACCUCUUCAUCUUUGCUUUCGGGCAUCUGCCCAUGGUGCUGGCCACCUGGCUAGUCAUGUUCCUCUACACCCUGCUGGUCCCCUACAAAGCCCUGCAGCUGUGGGCUGGCUCCUACCACACCAUGCGCUUCCCCCGCCUCUUCACUGCCAUCCUCUGGGGGGCGCUGCUGGCCUGCCAUGCCGCUGUGCUUGGCUUCUACCCCAUCUACACGGUGAUACAGCACCAGCUCCCACCCGCAUCCAGGUUCAUCGUCAUCCUCGAGCAGAUCCGGUUCCUGAUGAAAAGCCAUUCGUUCCUGCGGGAGGCCGUGCCCGGCAUCAUCCAUGCCAAGCCACCGGACGGGGAGGUGAAGCUGCCUGCAUUGUCAACGUACUUGUAUUUUCUGUUCUGCCCCACACUGAUCUACAGGGAGACCUACCCCAGGACUCCCUACGUCCGGUGGAAAUACGUCGCUCAGAACUUCGCCAAGUUCCUGGGCUGCCUGUUCUAUAGCUAUUUCAUCCUGGAGCGCCUCUGCAUCCCCGUCUUCACCAACAUGAGCAAGCAGCCCUUCAGCAUCAAGACGCUGGUGCUGUCCAUCUUCAACGCCACCCUGCCAGGGACCUUCCUGCUGCUGCUGUCGUUCUUCGCCUUCCUGCACUGCUGGCUCAACGCCUUCGCCGAGAUGCUGCGCUUUGCCGACCGGACCUUCUACAAGGACUGGUGGAACUCCACGUCCUUCGCCACCUACUACCGGACGUGGAACGUGGUGGUUCACGACUGGCUCUACUACUACGUCUACCAGGACCUGUUCUGGCUCUUCAGAGGGAGGUCCCGAGUCGCAGCCAUGCUGUCUGUCUUCAUCAUGUCCGCCAUCGUCCACGAAUACGUCAUCACCCUCUGCUUUGGCUUCUUCUACCCCGUCAUGUUCACCCUCUUUGCCAUCUUCGGAGUGAUCUUCAACUUCCUGCUGAACGACAAGCGGAAGGGCCCGAUCUGGAACAUCAUCAUGUGGACUUGCCUCUUCAUCGGCCAGGGCAUCCAGGUGUGCCUGUACUGCCAGGAGUGGUACGCCCAGAUCCACUGCCCGCUCGAGCAGAAGACGUUCUGGGGGCUGGUGACGCCGCGCUCCUGGUCCUGCCGCAGCUAGGAGCCCCUCUGGGUGCCGCCUUCCCCAUCGCACCAGGAGGACGCUCAGCUACGCCCAGGCCCACCAGACAUCCCAGCUACCAAGAGCUCCUGCUGCCAGGAUGCAUGGAGGAGCGGCACAUGUCCUUCUCCGCUCCUUUGGCUCCUUUCUUGCUCAGCGUGGCCAAAGCGGAUCAGGCUGGACCACGUUUCCCCCGCGAGCCUGGGCCUUCGGUCACUUCCCCAGGGAGGCUGUGGGCAAGAGGGCAUUGCCGGUGGGUCUGGCUCUCUGGAGAGACCUGGGGUGGGGAGCAGCUGCCACCCCAACCGUGCACCAGAGAGCUACGCUGGACAUUCUUGCACUGAGACAGCUGGGUGGACGGGCCAGAGCAACAGCAGGGGCCAUCCCAUGCCUCAGCCCCGGGUUCAAGCCCUGCAGCUGGGCUGUCCUUUCCAUCCACUCCCAUGGGUGGGAAAGGCCACACGAGAGAAUUCUGCACACACACAAACGUGCCUGGUUCAACAGGAUCCUGCUCCACCUCUGGAUAAGACCCGGACUCUGGCAUUGUCUCACCCUACAAAUCAUCGGGUGUCGAGCCUGACACCAGGCACGGUUCCUCCAUUCACACUCCCUGCACCCUCCCUAGGCAAUGGACACGAUCCUCUAGGCCAGCAGGUUCACCGACAGGGCUGCGUAGAUGGAGGGGGCCGGAAGCAAGUGAUGGUUCCACCCUGCCCCCGAAACCCCAACUAUACACACAAUACGAUGGGGGCUAAUUUAGCUACAACGAGUCAGGAAAGAGAUCUUGGAGUCAUCGUGGAUAGUGCUCUGAAGACGUCCACGCAGUGUGCAGC